CUUCACCUGACUGAGUUUGAUGAGCGUGUUGACAAAAGCUCGCGUUUCCCAGGCGAGCAGUUGUAUGAGAAGACCAUCUCGUCCAUCUACCAGGCUGAAGUGCUGCGCAUUAUAUUCAUCCAUCUGUCGCAAACUACCGACAACAUCGCACCCAUCCUCUUCAGUGAAGGUGGCACCCCUUCUGCACUCUUCAGAGAGAACGGCUUGAAGUACGAGGACGUCACUGAGAUCAUGAGCGACUGCAGCGGCAACUACGCGCACACCAAACACGUCCUGACCAAUCUGGGAGCCACCAACCCCACCCUACGCCGUACAUCUAUCUGUGUGUGUGUGUAUACCGACUGA